UAUUAUGAGGCAUCAAGGUUAGCUGUCAAACAACGGUCAAGUGUCACACAUUGCCACACUUACAAACACGUUAGUAGUAUUAUUUGUGGCCGUAGUCAGCUGUCAUGGAGCACAUAAAGGAUGGGUGGUUUACGGAAACAUGCACGCUAUGGCCGGGGCAAGCGAUGAGUCUUCAAGUGGAAGAGGUCCUCUACCACAAGAAAUCCAAAUUUCAAGAUGUUAUGGUUUUCAAGAGUAAAACCUAUGGAAAUGUCUUGGUGCUGGAUGGAGUGAUCCAAUGCACAGAGAGAGAUGAGUUUGCCUAUCAAGAGAUGAUUGCCAACCUUCCCCUGUGCAGUCACCCUUGCCCCAAGAAGGUGCUGAUUAUUGGCGGUGGAGAUGGUGGCGUGCUAAGGGAAGUGGUGAAGAAUCCUCUGGUGGAAUCGGUGGUUCUGUGUGAGAUAGAUGAGGAUGUCAUUAAUGCAUCCAAGAAGUUCCUCCCUGGGAUGGCCAAAGGGUUUUACAGUCCCAAGCUCAUCCUCCAUGUUGGAGACGGCUUUGAAUUCAUGAAGAAGAACCAGGAUGCCUUCGACAUCAUCAUAACCGAUUCCUCAGACCCUGUUGGACCUGCUGAGAGUUUGUUCAAGGAGUCUUACUAUCAACUGAUGAAGGCAGCGUUGAGAAACGGUGGAAUUCUUUGUUCCCAGGGAGAGUGUCAAUGGCUCCAUUUGGAGCUGAUAAAGGAGAUGCGAACCUUCUGUAAGACCCUAUUCCCUGUGGUGGACUAUGCCUACAGUACCAUCCCGACGUAUCCCAGUGGCCAAAUUGGAUUCAUGCUCUGCAGUACAAAUCCUGAAACAAAUUUCAUGGAACCAAUGAGAGCGCUGUCAAAAGAAGAAAUGGAAAAUAUGAACCUUAGAUAUUACAACCCUGAAAUUCACAAAGCAUCGUUCGUCCUGCCUGAGUUUGCAAAAAAGGUACUCAAUGAAGCAUGACCAAAAACAACAGACCACUAUGUUCAACCUCUAGCUGGCACUAACAGACCACAGAUCAACAACCUUGUUUUAUGGCUUCUUCACCUCCUCAACGCAGUUCAGCACCACUGAAGACAGUAGCCUCCUAAAGAUUUUAUGGCUGGGGGCACCUAAUAAUCAGUGGGUGGGAACGCACUGAGUGAUACAGUGAAAGUGUUCGUUCCAAUGUUUUCUUCCUUCCAGUCUUACACGCUCUUGGUGUUUUUAUUUAUUUUACUGAUGUAUGUGGGUUUUUUUUUUUUUUUCAUUUUUACUCUGUAAUUGUCUUAUCAGCAUUUUGUGGAGAGCAAUUUAAUGGGCUGGGCUGAGUGGGAAGAGCAUUGCAGUCAAAUCUGACCUCACUCUGAAACUAUGUACUGUCUAUCGGAUUCAAUGCAUCUACACAUUAUGUAAUACAUUACAUACCACAUAGAGGUUGUACAUGUAAUGUAUUGCUGUACUUUUAUUUGCAAUAUUUAAUAUCGGUUUGUGCUCAUAGGAAAAUACACAGUUGCCAUCAUAUUCUGUAUAUUCAGAAUACUAAUGUGUCCUCUAUACACAUGAACCCUAUAGUGCCUGAAAUUGGUUGUUGUUGAUAAAAAAAAAAAAGACAUGUUAUGUAUCUAUCAAAGUGUACCAGGCACAUAUAGUGGCCUAGAAUAAAGCUCAAGUGUCAGUAGUUGAGAAAAGUGUCCCUUUUAAAAAA